CCAGUUGGUCCAACCAAAUCAAUACCAAUAUACCAUUGUUCUCUCCUAAUGGUGGAGGACUCCGAAUUUUCAACCAGUCGGGUCCCCUAUAUUAAUAUUUAUAGCCCACCCGUUCGAGCUCAGACCCAAGCUGCUGCGAUCGCAACCUUAGCUUUGGACAAUUGUUGGUGCUUUACCUCUGCAAUCUGGUGUUGGAAAACUACAUACUGAAUUGAAAUGGGUGACCGUAGCAUUGUGCAGGAUUAUCAGGAACACAAUCAACAGACUGAUAUUGGUGCAUCAAUACGUAAUGGAAGAGAAAUUCUUUUACAGGCCUUUAACUGGGAAUCUCAUAAACAUGACUGGUGGAAACAUUUAGAAAGUAAAGUUCCAGAUAUUGCAAAAUCUGGAUUUACAUCAGCAUGGUUGCCACCAUCUACUCAUUCCAUUGCCCCAGAAGGUUACCUCCCUCAGAACAUAUAUUCCCUCAAUUCUAAAUAUGGAUCUGAGCACCAAUUAAAAGGUUUACUUCAAAAAAUGAAUCAAUGUAAAGUUAGACCGAUGGCUGACAUAGUUAUCAAUCAUCGUGUUGGCACUACCCAAGGGCAUGGUGGAAUAUACAAUCGUUAUGAUGGAAUUCCAUUGUCAUGGGAUGAACAUGCCGUCACAUCUUGCACUGGUGGACUGGGGAAUCGAAGUACUGGAGACAAUUUCAAUGGGGUUCCAAAUAUUGAUCAUAGUCAACCUUUUGUUAGAAAGGAUAUUACUGCAUGGCUACUGUGGCUUCGCCAUACUGUUGGUUUUCAGGAUUUUCGAUUUGAUUUUGCAAAGGGUUAUGCAGCUAAAUAUGUGAAAGAGUAUAUUGAGGGAGCAAAACCAAUUUUUUCUGUUGGGGAGUAUUGGAAUUCUUGCAACUACAAUUCUGAUGGCUUGGAUUACAAUCAAGAUAGCCACAGACAGCAGAUAAUAAAUUGGAUUGAUGGCACAGGACAGCUAUCAACUGCAUUUGACUUCACAACCAAGGGAAUUCUUCAGGAAGCUGUCAAGGGACAAUUAUGGCGCCUACGUGAUCCCCAAGGGAAGCCACCGGGUGUACUUGGAUUGUGGCCUUCAAGAGCUGUCACAUUCUUAGAUAACCAUGACACAGGCUCAACACAGGCUCACUGGCCAUUCCCUUCAAAUCAUAUCAUGGAGGGUUAUGCAUAUAUAUUCACUCACCCUGGAAUACCUUCCGUCUUCUAUGACCACUUCUAUGAUUGGGGUGAUUCCAUUCAUGAUCAGAUUGUGAAACUGAUUCAAAUUAGGAAGCAGAAAGACAUUCACAGCCGAUCAUCUAUAAGGAUCCUGGAGGCCCAGCCAAACCUCUAUUCUGCUAUAAUUGGGGAGAAAGUGUGUAUGAAAAUUGGGGAUAGUUCCUGGUGCCCAGACGUGAGGGAGUGGACGCUGGCAACCUCUGGCGACAGAUAUGCUGUUUGGCAUAAGUAAAUUAGAAUUUUAUAAUUCCUAUUAUAUAGUUUAUAAAACAAAAUAAGAUUGUUAUUUCUGAUCAGCAAACUGGCUAUUCAGUGCUCCAUAUAGCUGCUGCUGCUGAUAUAUUAUAGGAAGAAUUCUGGCGAUUUUGCAUUGGCACCUGUAGCCUCCAUGCAUGCAUAUAGUGAUUAGGCCAGUUUUCUUUUGUACUGGGGAACUCUGUAGAAACUUUUAUGACCUGAAGCGUUUGAGACUUCACUUUGUAUCAUCAGACCAUUUCGCAUUGCUAGUGCCCAACAGACUUGUCAUAUCAAGUCUUUAUGUAGAAUUUCUCUAUAUGAAGGAAAAGUCUAUAUAUCCUGUAGC